AUGGCCUACAUUUGGUGUUGGAUGGCCAUCCGAAGAUUCACUCCGCGGAACGAAACAAAGAGACAUCAUACUCGCUCAAGGAGACAAAUCAAGGAAUCAGCCCAAACCAUCCUCGCCUUGCGUCAACAGCCUCCCCGACCGGGGGAAGCGCAACCCUUUCUUACAUACACGCCAUUUUCUACUACUGAUCUUUAUAAUUGGAAAUUGCAAAAUCCUCCCUUUUCAGAGAAACCACAGGCCUUGAUUUCUCUUCUGGAGACGUUUUUGUUACAACCCACUUGGGAUGAUUGUCAACAGCUGUUACAGGUUUUAGUUACUACCGAGGAGAGGGAAAAGAUUCGGAGGGAAGCCCGAAAACAGGUUUUGGGACCAGACGGGCGACCAACUGAGAAUCUAAACCUCAUUGAGACUGUCCUCCCGACAACCAGGCCAGACUGGCACCCCAAUACAGAGCAGGGGCGGGGGGGGCAGGCCCUUGCCCGUUUUCGCCAGGCUCUGUUGACAGGACUUCGGGUGGAGGCACGGGAGCCAACUAACAUGUCUAAGGUCACUGAAGUUACUCAGGGACAAAUGGAGUCCCCAUCAGCCUUUUUGGAAACCUACCGAUUAUGGACUCCUAUCGAUCCCGAGGUCCCUGAGAAUAGACGGGCUGUUAACUUGGCCUUCGUGGCCCAAUCCGCCCCAGAUAUUAGGAAGAAAUUACAAAAACUAGAUGGAUUUGAAGGGAAAAAUUUGUCAGAAUUGGUGGAAAUAGCCUUAAAAAUUUAUAACAACCAAAAUAAGACAAUUGAGGCAGACACAGGAGCCACCUUUUCGGUUUUACAAACUGACUCUGGACCAAAAUUGCCCGGUACCACCCUUGUACAGGGGGCUACUGGAACCCAGCAAUGCUCCUGGACUGCUAACCGCAAGGUGGACUUAGGCAGACAAAUAGUCACCCACUCCUUCCUAGUCAUGCCUGACUGCCCAUAUGAAGGCCUCUUGGGACGAGACUUAUUGCAGCUGUUAAAAGCCAGUAUCAAGUUUGACAAAGGCGGCUUCAAAUUUGCUUUCGGACCAGACAGGAUACCCACAAUUUUAAUUACGGUCCCUUUGCAAGAGGAAGGACUGCUAUUGGGGCCGGACUGCCCUGAAACUGACCCCCUUAUUGCUGAAUUAAAACAGGAAUUCCCCACAGUAUGGGCUGAAAACCAUCCCUUUGGGGGAACGGCACAUAGAGUGCCUGUGGUCAUUGAAGUGAAGGCGGGAGCCUGCCCCAUUCAGUUACGGCAGUAUCCUAUGAAUGACCGAGCCAGGGGGGGAAUUACCCCUCACAUCGAACGGCUCUUGAAGGAAGGAAUCCUAGACCCCUGCCAUUCCCCAUGGAAUACCCCCCUUCUCCCUGUGAAGAAACCUAAUAGUAAUGACUAUAGACCUGUUCAAGAUUUGCGGGCAGUAAAUGACAGGGUGGCUGACAUACACCCUACGGUUCCAAAUCCAUAUACGCUUUUAAGCCUACUUCUUCCACAACGCAAAGUGUACUCUGUGCUUGAUUUGAAAGAUGCCUUCUUUUCCAUUCCUUUGGCACCUGUAAGCCAACCGCUAUUUGCAUUUGAAUGGACAAAUGAAACGGGACAACCAACCCAAUUGACUUGGACUCAACUAACCCAAGGAUUUAAAAACUCCCCUACCCUUUUUAGUACGGCUUUACAAUGUGAUUUACAGCCUUUCCACAACCAAUUCCCUGAGGUGACUCUUUUGCAAUACGUGGAUGAUUUACUCAUAGCAGGGGAGACAUUUAAGAAAUGUUUAAAGGGGACAAAAGGACUAAUAAAAUUGCUACAGGAACUUGGUUAUAAAAUCUCUACGAGAAAAGCUCAGAUUUGCCGAAAUCAGGUGACUUAUUUGGGGUAUAUUUUGAAGGACGGACAGAGAUGGCUGGGGAAAUCACGAACACAGGCCAUACUGGCGCUCCCUGAGCCUAAGACCAGGAGAGAACUCAGGGAAUUCCUGGGCACAGCCGGAUACUGCCGUCUAUGGAUACCACGCAUUGCCGAAUUGGCCAAGCCCUUAUAUGGCAUUAAAAGGAACCACUAUAGAGAUUGGACAGAAAAGCGGGCCGCUGCCUUUAGGAACAUCAAGGAGGCUUUGACCUCACCCCCAGCCCUAGCACUCCUAAAUCCAAAUAAACCAUUUGAACUUUUCAUCGACGAGCGGUCGGGAGUAGCUAGAGGGGUGCUAACCCAAAGACUAGGUCCCUGGCGCAGACCCAUAGCAUAUCUCUCUAAACAGCUGGAUCCUGUGGCCUCUGGCUGGCCACCCUGUGUAAGGCAGAUAGCUGCCACUGCCUUGCUGGUACGAGAUACUAAUAAACUGACUAUGGGACAGAACUUAAAUGUCUUUACUCCUCAUGCAGUUGAAACUUUGCUGCGUAUCCCACCUAAGCGCUGGCUCUCUAAUACUCGAAUAGUACAAUAUCAGGCAUUACUCCUGGACCAACACAGGAUAACUCUGGAAAUUACAUCAACAUUGAAUCCAGCAACUCUCUUGCCGACCACGGUUCAAUCAUCAGAAGAAAAAGAUUUCCAGCCCCACAAAUGCUUAUCAGCCCUUCAGACCUACACUACCCCGCGAUCUGAUUUGACUGACAUUCCACUCCAAAAUCCUCAAUUGACUCUUUUCACUGACGGUAGCAGCUUAACAGAUGCAGAGACGCGCAAAGCUGGAGCAGCUGUCACUACAAUUUCAGAAAUUCUUUGGCAACAGUCCCUUCCCGUCGGAACUUCGGCCCAACGGGCGGAACUGAUUGCACUUACAAAAGCCUUACAACUGGCAAAAGACAAAACCGCUAACAUAUACACAGACAGCCGAUAUGCUUUUGCCACAGCCCAUGUACAUGGACAGAUAUACUAGGAGAGGGGCCUCCUGACUGCAGAAGGUAAGACCAUUAAAAAUAAACAAGAAAUAUUGAAUCUUUUGGCAGCAAUAUGGGAACCAAAAAGACUUGCUAUAAUACAUUGUCCCGGACAUCAAAGAGAUGAAACCCCAAUAGCCAAAGGAAAUAGACUCGCUGACCAGGCAGCCCGACAAGGCAGCCAUGGGAACUCCUACGCAGAAGGGAAGAAUUGGAUCGAAGAUGAAUACCAGCGAGUAUUCAUACCGGAAACUUUGGGAAAAACAUUGAUUCAUCGUCUACAUGAAGGGACCCACCUGGGUUCCACCAAAUUAUAUGAAUUAAUAAAACAACAUUUUCGAAUAGCAGGACUAAAGGAGAAGAUACAACAGAUUACAAGAAGAUGCGUGACUUGUGCUCAAGUGAACCAAGGAGCCAACAUCUCACACCAGGAUUUGAAGAGGUACCGGGGAAAUGAGGUUGCCCGAUUUUGGAAGAUGGACUUUACAGAAAUUAAGCCGGGAAAAUAUGGAUAUAAAUAUUUACUUACUGCCAUAGACACUUUUUCUGGAUGGGUGGAAGCCUGGCCGGUAAAACAAGAGACAGCCUCAAUAGUAGUAAGGAAAUUGUUGCAGGAAAUUUUACCAAGGUUUGGACUGCCGCUUCAGGUAGGGACAGAUAAUGGACCAGCGUUUACAGCGCAGGUCACACAGGGAGUUAGUAAGGCCCUGGGGAUAAGAUGGAAAUUACACUGCGCUUAUAGGCCCCAGAGCUCAGGACAGAUAGCAAGAAUGAAUAGGACUUUGAAGGAGACAUUGACAAAAUUAAUUACAGAGACCGGCCAAAAUUGGGUAGAUGUCCUCCCCCUGGCCCUCUUGAGGGUCCGAUGCACCCCUUAUAUGAAGGGAUUCUCCCCUUUUGAAAUUAUGUUUGGUGUUCCUCCUCCUCUUCUGCCUAGGAUUAGGGAAGAGCUCCAUCUGCUGGCAGAGAGGGAAAAUUUAAUCACUUCUCUUCUAGCUUUGCAACGGUUUCAAGACUUUAUUAAACCUUUGUUAAAAGAUGCUUUUACAUCACCCCCUGCUGUACCCCAUGCCUUACAGCCUGGAGACUUGGUCUGGGUGAAAAAACAUAACCCCCAGACGCUGGAGACCAAGUGGACAGGACCUCACCUCAUUGUGCUGACCACCCCGACCGCAGUCAAGGUUGACGGCGUGCGGACUUGGAUCCAUUACAGCAGGAUAAAGAAGGACCACACAGCGGGAGAGCCAGAAGGAGAACCUCCAACAUGGAAAGCCCAGGCUCAUCCGCAGGAUCCAUUGAAGCUGCGCAUUAUUCGCAAGUCUUGUUAAUAUGGGGACUAUUGAAAAUUUGGGGGGGAGGACCAAAUGGAGGAGGAAUCAUAUUGUUAGCAGAAGGGUACCCUUAUGUCUGGGAAUUGAGAGAUGGAAUUACGGGCCUCACUAUAACUAAAAAUGAAACCUCUUCAACUCGGCCCUGUUUGAGGUUCGAUCUUUGUGCUGUCGGGAACAGUCUUAGAGGUUAUGGCCACAAAGGCUACGGAAGAUUUGGAAGUCAACCCCAUGGCUGUGACAGCGCUGAGGUAACCAAAGCCCUUAGAAAUACCCAAUGGUACGCUUGCCCCAGGGAGGGAAGCCCAGAAUGUGCCCUGGAGGAAGAAUACUAUUGUGGAGCAUGGGGCUGUGAAACUUUGGCCCCAUGGGUAACUAAUAAGGACCCCGUUGAUCACCUUAUGGCGGGUUCAAAGUACCACCUGCAAAAACCCAAGGGAAUGUAAUCCUUUGGAGUUGUGUA